UUGAGCAAAUGCUAACGGCCAAGGACAGGGAGACACUCCUCAUGAAGGGGUGGUCCUCAUCCUUUCAGAUCAACUUCCUGCUGGAGGCUCCACUCUCACCACGUCCCUCCCUCUUCUCUCAUCCGGAGUCACCUUUUGGGAUUUUGGAGUUGGGCACCAUGGGGACUCCAAAUGAUCGGGCAGUGCUGCAGGCCAUCUUCAACCCUGACACCCCAUUUGGAGACAUUGUUGGACUGGACCUCGGAGAGGAAGCAGAAAAGGAAGAACAAAAAGAAGAUGUUUUCCCUCAAGCACAGCUGGAACAGUCCAAGGCCCUCGAGCUGCAGGGGGUGAUGGCAGCAGAGGCUGGGGACCUCAGCACAGCCCUGGAGAGGUUUGGCCAAGCCAUCUGCCUGCUGCCUGAGAGGGCUUCAGCCUACAACAACCGUGCCCAGGCCCGGCGACUCCAGGGAGACGUGGCAGGCGCCCUGGAGGACCUGGAACGCGCAGUGGAGCUGAGCGGCGGCCGGGGCCGCGCCGCCCGCCAGAGCUUUGUGCAGCGCGGCCUCCUGGCGCGGCUGCAGGGCCGAGACGACGACGCCCGCAGGGACUUCGAGAGGGCGGCACGGCUGGGCAGCCCCUUCGCGCGGCGCCAGCUGGUGCUGCUCAACCCCUACGCCGCGCUGUGCAACCGCAUGCUGGCCGACAUGAUGGGGCAGCUGCGCCGCCCCCGCGACAGCCGCUGAGCGCGGCUGGCCCGCGCGUCCGUAGGCGAGGGGACGGGAGGGGGCCCUGAACCAAUAAAGCCGUCGGGCCUAACCGACCCCGCCUGGUCCUGCGUCCUGACCGCGCCCGGAGGGAAGGGCAUGCGGGGGCACUCUGUGCGGGGGUCUCUCGGCGCGGGCUACGGACCAGCCAGGCGGGUGGUGAGCCGCGACCGCCCACCUGCCGGGGGAGGGCCCGUGGGGCCCAGGCAUCGAUUGGCCCUGCCUGACGCAGCCCCCGCCCUUGCAGCGGACUGCGGUGCUCAUCAGACCU